AUGAUUGACUUGGGAUUAAAGUUAUACGAAGAAUAUGGUGACAUUGUCAAAUUAAAAGGAAUCCUAGGAAAAAGAGAUAUGGUCUUCUUAUAUGACUUGGACGACAUCGAAAAAGUUUAUCGCACUGAAGGAACUUGGCCAGUUCGUCCAGGUCUCGAAACACGUGACCAUUACAUAAAGAAGAAAAGACCGGAAAUUUUUAAAUCAGUAUAUGGACUUCUUCACUCCCAUGGAGAAGAUUGGCAAAAUAUCCGGACGAAAGUAAAUCAACCGAUGAUGCAAAUUAAAGUAACACGACAAUACGUCGGCUGGAUUGAAGAAAUAGCUAAUGAUUUCAUUAAAAGGUUGCAAACUUUACUCGAUGCAGAAGGCAAUGUACCCCAAAACUUCCUAAGAGAAGUAGAUAGGUGGUCUUUGGAGUCAAUAGCCCGAAUAGCAGUGGACACUAGGCUUGGUUGUCUUGAUGACAAUCUCACUGAAGAUUCAGAUGGCAUGAGGCUAAUCAAAUCAAUACAACGAUAUUUUGACUUGGCAUACCAGAUUGAAAUAUUGCCAUCAUUUUGGAGAUACAUAAACACCCCAAAAUAUAAUGAAAUUAUGCAAAUUUUUGAUUGCUUUACAGACAUCGCUGUCAAACAUAUAUCACAAGCAAUCAAAAGGCUAGAAGCAAAUCCAACAACUGAUGAUAGUAAUUUAAGCGUUUUGGAGCAUUUAUUAAAAAUAGAUCCGCAAGUUGCCUUUGUUAUGGCUUUAGAUAUGUUUUUUGCUGGUGUUGAUACGACUGCUUCAAGCACAAUAAGUGCAAUGUAUUUUUUAGCAAAAAAUCCCGAUAAACAGAAUAAACUGAGAAGUGAAUUAAGGGCGAUAUUUCCAAAUAAUUCUCCUAUUACAGCAGAAGGAUUAAAUAGUUCAUCGUAUCUUAAGGCUUGCUUCAAGGAAACUCACAGAAUGAAACCAGUUGCUAUUGGUAAUAUGCGCCUUGCAGGAGCUGAUAUCACUCUUGGGGGAUAUUUUAUUCCGAAAGGGACUUAUCUUCGUCUAAGUCAUCACGUAGCAGCCAGAGUCAAAAAUCAAUUUCCUGAUCCUGAUAAAUAUAUACCAGAGCGCUGGUUACGUACUGGUCCAGGUUCGGUUCCUCCGGCAAAAAGUGCCCAUAAAUUUGCCUACAUGCCAUUUGGAUUUGGACCUCGUAUGUGUGUUGGCAGAAGAUUUGCCGAACUAGAAAUGGAGGUUCUGGUUACCCGAUUGAUAACUAAUUACCAAAUCGAUUGGAAUGGUCCAGAUAUGCAGUAUAAGAGUAGUUUGAUUUUGGGUCCAACUGGACCAAUGAGAUUCAGAUUGACUCCUCUAAAUUAA